AUGGCAUCUCAAGCGGCACCAGCCAAGAGGCAACAAGACCUCCAGGUGCAAUACAGCACUUACAAAAACACGCUGCAGCAGAUUGCUCAGAAAAUAGGUGACGUCGAGCAAGAAGCCGAGGAGCACAAAAAUCGGACCGGACCAGUUUAUUUUGGGCCUCUGAUGUUCCCCCGGCCUGCGUUACAUGCCAGAGAUCUCAUCACACCGCUCGACGCCGCUUUCUCACCGCUCAUCGCUAACCGCGGCGGCAGGCUUGUUCUUGAAACCUUGGAACCGCUUCCGGGUGACCGCAAGUGCUUUCGCAUGAUUAAUGGCGUCCUCGCGGAGAGAACCGUGAAGGAUGUCAUCCCCGCUCUUCGGACCACCGCCGAAGGGCUGAAGAAGGUCCUGGAUGACCUUGUAAAGCAGUACAAGACCAAACAGGAUGAGCUUGACAAAUGGAAGAAGAAGAACAACGUCCAGGUUGUGCAGUCAUGA